ACUUUCAGACAGAUGGAUUGUGAGCUAAAAGUAUAAACGAACGAAGUCCCUGCAAUCGGAACCAAAAAUGAUCCAUUUACUAUCAGCUCUUUGCGUUUGGCAGAUAUUAACCUCUAUGGCCUUUUGCAUUAAUUUCACCAUAGAGCCAAGAGAGGGGAGCAUUGCAGGGGGCAGCUGGAUUACUAUUUUAUUUCAUGGAUGCGACCAGAGCUGUAAUAAUUUUACAUCUUUUGGAAAAAGAUCCCAAAUUGAGGUUUACAUGAGAAAUCCACGGCUGCCCCCACUGAUGUGUGACGUUUGCCCCUUUUUGUCUGCUUCAGGAAUCAUAAAAUGCAAAACAAGGAGUUCAAAGGAAGAAGCUCUGUACCAACUAGAUGUAUUUUUUGGAGGAGAGUCAUUGAAGCAGCCAACUAAUAAUACAUUUAAGUUCUCUGCGGAACAUACACCUGUCAUUCAUGGUGUCCACCCAUCGGCCGGCACACCGGGAAGUAUUAUUGAAGUGUCCGGGUGGAUCACGACGGAUCAAAUUGAAAGCUAUGACUUUGGAGGUGAAUUCAUUGACGGUCCAGUAAUUAUGAGGUCGGAGCGGGAUGGAUUCUUCACAGUGUGCUCGCUGGUUAACAAGGACACGCAGAGCAUUUACCCCAUACAACUGGAGCAUGGAUACGGGAAGCUAGCGUGCAGAGUCGAAGGAAACCAUAUUGGUUCACAGAAUAUCAGCUUUUCCGUAUUUAACAAAGGCAUGUCUACAGUAAGCAAAGACUCCUGGCUUAUAAGUGCAAAGCAUGAAUUAUUCAUGUUUCAGACACACUCAGAAAUACUUUCAGUAACCCCGGAUUUGGGAAGUCUUGCAGGAGGAACAGAUAUUACUAUCUUUGGCAAUUAUUUUGAGCGCCCGGCUAAGGUCAGCGUGGCAGGUGAACCAUGCGAGAUUAAAGAUUUGUCACCAAAAAGCAUAACUUGCACAACUGGACCCAAGACUGGAAGCCAGAAGUCUCCGCAUCCAGGUAAUCGAGGACUGCUGUUUGAAAUGUGGAAUCGAUCGAGGGAAAUGCCCUUUCCAGACAAAAUUGCUCACAAAAGUCUGUUAACGGCCAACGCCAGCUCUCUGGUGGGAAUCAAUCUAGAAUUAGAUCAGGAUUUUAGAGCAAAACUGAGUGGCUUCUUUGUGGCACCGGAAACAAACAACUAUACGUUCUGGAUCCAGGCGGAUAAUGCGGCGCAACUGUACUUUAGCCAAUCAGAGGACGCAGGAAACAAGGUCCAGAUAGCUUCCAUCCCAGAUGGCAUUUCCGCUUGGUCUGAACACUGGGAGCUGAACUGGGGUUUCUGGUGGCAACAGAAAUCUCCUAAAAUUGAACUUGUGGAAGGAAAGAAAUAUUACAUGGAAAUGGUACAGCGUGGAAGAGGACCACGGUACGACAUGACGAUAGGGGCGCAGAUCCACAAUACCUGGUUAAACCCAGAUAUAGUGAAUAGCUACAAGAGAGAAAAACACCAAAUAGUGGCAAAAUCAUCCCAGCUUCCAGAUAUCCAGAUUCUGACUGUUUCUGGAGAAGGACAGAUCCGGUUUUGUUGGGGCGAUGCGUCUAGUAAUCCCGUCCCGGUCAACGCUACAUCCGACCAAAUCCAAGCUGCCUUGGAGGACAUGCUUUCUGUCCAUUGCGCCCGAGAGGACUCCUCCGCAGAUAUAUUUCUACACAAUGGAUUUGAAGAAGGCUCGGCUGGACUAGGAGGAGAUCGCGGCAAAUGGACAGAACCGCACUGUGGCAGAGCCAGCACUUUCAUGCCAACGUAUCUUUUUAAUGGGUCUCACUCAACAGUCUAUACGUUAAAUAAAUACAGUCACUUGUGCUUUGCAUACAAAGGCUAUGCGGAGAUCACUCUGGUGGUCUCGUUUUCGUACAAUAAUACCUUUCUAAACACAAUAAAGAAAAACAAUUCAUGUGAAUCAGGAUUUGAUAUGAGAAACACAGAGAGGUACGUUAAACCUUAUUCAGGAGCCCGGUACGCGAACCAAAAGUCUACUUUUCGUUGUUUCUUAUGCUUUCCUCUGUUGAUAAUGAGACGCUUGUUCAGGUGGAAAUUUGGCUGCGUCGAUUUGUGGGAUUGUCUAAAAAGUUCGGGAUCGCUGAAAGACGUACACACGGAGUCGGCGGUGUUGGUGGAUCAGAUUGCUCUGGCGUAUGCGGAAAACGGAGAAGACGAGAGUUGGUUUUACGUCGAUGACGUUAUGGUGACAAACAGAAGCACGGAAGUUUUUCAAGUGGAUCCAGAGCCAGCCCAACCUGGUGGACAUUUUCUAGACGCCAUUUUUAUCGCUGGGAAAUACCCAACGUACAGCUUGACUUCAUUGGCUGGGAAUUGUGGCAUCGGUCUUCCUCUAAUAGAACUCUGUAAUGGUUCCACCGUGGCGGGGUCGGGAAGAAGCGAUCAGCUCACACAGUCAAUGAGAUAUGGAGAUGGGACUAUUGUUUUAACCGUCCAAAGGCUACAAUCAGCCAGCCCGCCAAUCGGAGGAACAUUCUCAGUCCACGUGUCAGACGUGGUCAUAAAAGGUAUACCUGUGGACAUAUCUCCUUCCCGUCUCAGAAGGCUAUUGAUAGACAAUUCAGACAAUUACACUUCUCCUUAUAUCAAUACAAGCGAUUUUACUGUCACCAAGGACCUGGACACAUGUUUCCACGCCAUCUGGACGUUAUCGUGGACUAGCAGAACCGGGGACCUACCCAACCUCUUCACUGUGUAUCCUGAAAGUCUCACUGGUGUGGAGCCCUCGAUCAGAACCCAAGUUAUUUAUGAUGGGGGAGUUUUUAUAUGGCCCAUACUUGGAGACAUGCUGGCCACGGCUAACACGCUACCCCAGGUCGCUGUCCACGUGAAUGACAUUCCAGCCGGCUGCUCGGGGCGCUGUUCCUUUCAGCAUCUUCCCGAAGUGACAUCGCUGGUGAUGGAUAUUCAGUACACUGAAGGCAGUGGGUGUGAAAGGCAGGUCAGUAUUACUGGAUCUGGUUAUAGUGAAAAGAUCGAAGACCUGACCAUAGAGAUCAACCAGAUAAUAUGUAAAGUUAUGAAUGCAACAAGAUCACAGAUCAUAUGCUGCGUGGAAACAUCCCUACCCCUGGGACAGCAUAGGGUUAAAGUUCAAGUCAAACCCUAUGGUUUCGCAGCCAAUUCUACCGGCACCCACCUCUUGCUUCAAGUGGCACCCAGCCUUUUACUUGUUACUCCUUCAUCAGGUCCACAAACGGGAGGACAGUUGGUGCGACUAAGAGGUAUUGGGUUUGGUAAAUCGGUGCUGGUGUAUUUUGGAUCUCGACGAUGCCCCCUCAAUUCAAGUAACUCGGGCACAAUUGUGUGUACCUCACCACCUCAGGAUCCUGACGCGAGCUCUGACGUGGACAUAAACAUGAAGCUCGGAGAGCAGUGGGUCUCGUUCCCGGGAGCCUUUAAAUACGACCCUUCUUUAAACCCCGCGAUAUUAUCCCUGAAUCCCAACGCAAGCAGCCCUGCAGGUGACCAGGAACUUCUCAUUACCAUGUCAUCCUUUGACCCCGAGGCGAACUGGGACGUAAAAGUCAUGGUUCACAACAGCGUUGCUGAGAUAAAAGGCAUGACACCCCAUGGGGUGGAAGUGACGCUGCCUAUCUUACCCACCGGCGUCUACAACGUUACUGUCACAAUUCAUGGAAUAGUUAUCAAAAGCACUGGUUCGGCGCCAGUUAUUCGCUACGUGUUGAAUACGUUCGUCGUGGAUCCAUGCUGUGGUUCAUUCCUGGGUGGAACCAUAAUCACAAUUUUCGGAAAGGGGUUCAGCACCAAUACGUCCCUGAUAUCGGUCAGCAUUGGAGGACAGCCGGCUAGCGUUAUAACAUCCACUAGAGAAACAAUCACUUGCCAGACCCCUCCGUACUCCGGUCUAAGCCCAGAGCUGGACGGCAUCCCUGCGGUAAUAAACGUUUCCGUUUCAGGCUACGCGGCUACGUAUAUAAAUACCGGACAGCCAAACACGACGGACCUUUUCUUCUUCUAUCGGAAAGAUUGCACCCCAGCGGUCUCUAAUUUCUCCUGGUUCAUAGAAGACGGAACCUUACAGUUACAUUUAUCGGGUUUGAAUUUAACCCAUCUCCUGAUUCUGAACUCCCGUUACCAACCGAAAUACAAACAGAACCUCACAGAAUGGCGGGAAUCGAACAUAUCGAUUCCGUUACAUGACUUUGAGGCAGGGAGAUACUUUAUGAAGUUCUACCACGAACCAAUGGGGUACGCAAACACGACGUCACCGGGCCAAGUUCUUGAACUCUUGCCUCUCGUCUAUUCAGUAUCCCCUGAUCACGGACAGUCGUGUGGAGGAACUCUACUGACGAUAUCAGGCAGUUUCUUCAUAACCCCCCAAAGUUACGUUACCGUGAAUCUGUCACAUGACUACAUUUGCCUUGUUCGAAGGUUUAACUUCAGUACGAUCGAAUGUGUCGUUCGGAAUGAUGGCAUUCGCAAUAUAUCAUCUCCUGCGCUUCUCAAUGUAUCGGUUAUUGUGAACGGACUCACUGGGGUUUGCAAAGGGAGCUGUCGUGUCUACCUGAGUCCUGAACAGACCCCUGUAGUCAACGGAUUUGUCCCAAUAUUUGAAGGAAGUCUAUGGAUUCUCCGAUUUCAUGGUUACGGGUUAAUGGAUGCGACGGAGACCCUUCAUGUACAUAUGGACAAUGACCUGCCAUGUUACGUGACCCUGAUCAAUGAUAAAGUGGCAGAAUGUCAUAUCCAUAACAUAGCUGCUGGCAAUCACACGGUUAAUAUCCUAAAUGCGGCCAAAGAGGAUAUCUGUUUUCCACUCAUAUCUUUUAACUUUUCCAUAACUCCUAAAAUAACGUCUUUCUCGCCGAUUUAUUAUGGCACAAAUGGCGGGGGUCUCCUGACAAUAAGGGGCUCAGCUUUGCAGGGGAAGAACGUCACACUUGUCUACAUAGGAGCUGAGAGCUGUCAUAUCGUAGAUUUGAACCACACAGUGAUCUCCUGCAUUGUCCCACCCGGAAGCGGAACAUUCUCCGUGAUGAUCAACAUUGACCGUUUUAACCAUUCCAUCGGGUCUAUACGAUGCCAUGAACGAUAUACCCCAGUGGUGUAUUCCUUACUGGAGAAUAAUGAGACCUUCAGCUUAACGGUAUCAGGGAUUACUAUUCCGGAGAACGUGAAAGUUUUUGUCGGGGACUCAAGUUGCGCUCCAAUAUCUGGAAACGCAUCCACCGUGCAAUGCCCGGUCCCCCGACUACCAGCGGGGACUUAUCAGGUCAGGUGUCUCGAUCGACAAAGAGGAUGGGCAUCUUCCAAUACGACCUUCGUAUCUCCCCUCGGAGUAAGGGCAGUGAGAAAUAACAUUGAUUGCAUUGAAAAUGGGAUUUUACAUUUUUACGGAGAGGGGUUUUCUCCGGGAAAUACAUCGAUUACCAUCUGUGGGACCCCGUGUGAAGUACUAGAUCAUCUCACAUCAGUGACCGAAAUCUAUUGCUCUAAUUGGCAGCUGAACAAUUCCUUAUCCUUUCUGUGCGACUUGACGUACGACGCCGGAACAGAUUGUUACACAAAUGUAAACACAUACAUCUGUUGUGAUAUAAACAUACAAGUGGGGACCAUCCAACUGACACAGCCCUUGGCGUACGUUCAUGUCUGCAACAGGAGAAAAUGUGCCUUACAAUCCGUGGCAGACACAGAGGACACUGAGGUCCAUUUAUCGGGACUGUUCAUAAGCCCUAAAGUGGAAAGAGAUGGCGUUCUCAUCUAUAAUAGCUCCUGUAGCAUCGCCAUGGCAACAGAGGCAGAGAUGGAGUGCGAGCUCCCUAAUCAGCCAAUUACCGCGAAGAUUACUGAGAUACGGAAGAAUCGGGGCCAGAACACUCAGGGUGGUAUAAUCGGGUUAUGUUUCUGCAGUCUGUGGUCCGAGAAUUCCAGCUGGCCUUCUGGUCAUCCACCAUUAGAUGGCGACAAAGUCACAGUGGAUACCGGUCAUACGCUACUUCUAGAUACGAAGACCAGUCUGCUCACACUGCUGCACGUUAAAGGUGGAAAAUUAAUAUUUGUAGGGUCAGAACCAGUGCACCUCCGCGCUCACUUUAUUAUUAUAUCACACGGUGGAUUAAUUCAAGCGGGGACACAGACUGAACCAUUUACUGGCAAAGCUCAAAUUACUCUGUAUGGAAGCUCAUUUUCCCCUCCAUUAUAUCCUUAUGGGGUUAAAUUUCUUGCAGUCCGGAAUGGAACACUUUCGUUACAUGGUUGGGUACCAAAGUUGAUUUUUACACAUCUGGCAUUGGAAGCCUUUGCCUACGAUACGCGAUUGAUAUUAAAGGAGCCUGCAGACUGGAGCGUUGGGGAUGAAGUUGUCAUAUGUGGAGUCGGUUUUGAAGGCAACAGAACGCAAGAGGAGGUUUUUACAAUUGAAAAAAUCAACGCCACGGAGAUUACCAUAAAUCCUCCUCUUAGGAACUCCUAUAAGGUUAUAGAACAGUUUGUAGAUGGGCGCAUGGUUUACCUAAGGCCUGUUGUAGCACUUCUCAGUCGAAAUGUUGUGGUGGAAGGAAACCUAACUGAACCCUACAUGACUCAUUACUGGCAAUUACUGGCAUUACAGGUGAGAUAUAUUUCCAGAUGUCUUUACUACAGCAGUGAAAGGAGGCUAGGAUCUCAAGAUCUGGGAGCAGCGUUGAUCGUACGGUCCUUACAAAAUGAACCAAGUCGAUUUCAGGUUUCAGGGGUCCGGUUUGAACACAUGGGAAAAGGCUUCCAAAAACACCUCAGUGGUCUGAAUAUCAUCGGCAACGGCAAUAUGUCUGGAUCUUACAUCCGCAGAUGUACGGUUCUAAAUUCUUUUGCAAGAGGUCUCAGCAUUUCUGGAGUUUCUCAUUUUAAGGUGGAAGAGAACGUACUCUACAAUAUAAAGGGUCAUGGUAUUCUUUUGGCCGACCCUCUCGUGCACGAUAUCGAGAUUAAACACAAUGUGAUGAUACGGAUAUCAAGCACAGAUACCCUGUCCAAUACGGAAAUGAUAGCCCCGGCAGCCGUGUACAUCAGGGCACCCUUCAACACCAUAGAGGAGAACAUUGCAUGUCAUGCCGGUUAUGGCUUCUUCUACCACCUUUCAGAUGAUGGACCUUCUCAGGCACCCUUGCAAUCCUUCAAGAAAAACACAGCUGUAUCAUGUCUGAGAUUUGGAUUUUGGUUAUACCCGGAUUACAGCCCUUCACACGACGGGUCCAUGGCCACCUUCCAGGGCUUCAGCGCUUGGAGCUGCGGCGGCGGAGCUCAGAUCGCUGGAUGCGGAAACGUCCGCUUUCGAGAGUUCAACAUUUAUUCCUGCGGAGACUUUGGCAUUAAUAUCAUCGAAAGCACGGGAAACGCGGAAAUUUCCGAUAGUUUAUUGCUUGGCCGCUUCGAUGGGAAGGACACGGGUUGUAUGACAGCUGGUAUUAAAACUCCUAAGAGGUUUCAGGCUUUCCUUUCCAACAUAACCUUCAUGAAUUUUGACCAUACCCUGUGUAGCUCCAUCAGAACCUGCUCCGGGUGCUCAAGGGGACAAGGUGGAUUUACCGUGAAAACUCAGCGGCUAAAGUUCCUGAAUUCUCCCAGUCGGCCUGUUUUCCCUUUCCCUCAUUCUGCUAUAGUUGACGACCUUGAUGGUUCAUUCUUUGGAAUUAAGGGCAGCCAUCUUGUGGCAUCAACGGACAUCCUUCCCGAUUCAUGCACGGAAUACGCCGGCGUCAAUGGGGCUGUCCCCGGCAGCGUUUGCGGAGAAGACGUAGUUUUUCAUCGUAUGUCCAUCGGCCUGGACAGAGACCCUGAAAGCAGCUACAAAGUGAUUGUUAUCAACCGUAUGAAUAAAUCUAUCUCGCUGGACUAUGUUCAGGACACUUUGUCAAACCAGUAUGGAUGGCUCGCUUUACUGGUGGAUAAAGAGACUUACACAGUUAUAUUCGACUCCCCCGAAGUAGUCAAUACUUUUAAGUACUCGGCCACCUUUGACAAUUUCAAAACUGGGCGUUUUAUAUUAAUGCAUCACCCAAACCUGCCAGACUUCUAUGACGUCACCGUAACGUGUGGAUCCAGGGUCGGUCGACCGCUUCCGUCCCAUCCCGUACCUGGAGAGAGUGGGGCUUGCGACUGGUUCUUUGACCGUAGCCUGGAGUCUCUAACCUACCUGGUCGCAGGUGAAGGGCUUGUACGAGUGACGCUUUCCGCGGAGCGACGCAGGCCGGCGACCCCAACAGCAGCGCCAAGCCCGUUACCUCAUCCGCCUUUAAAGUGGUCCCUUCCGCAGUCCUGGGACGGAGUCGGGGAAGGGUGGGGAGGAUUUGGAGCGAGGAUCCCUCAGACUGGAGAUGAUGUCAUCAUCUUACCGAAUAGAACCGUUGCGGUGGACACAGUGCUUCCUCCGCUGGGGGGCCUCUAUGUUCUUGGAACCUUGGAAUUUCCUUCGGAAUUCAGCAAUGUACUGAGUGUUGCCUGCAUCCUCAUAGCAGGAGGGGAACUCAAAGUCGGCAGCGCCCGGCGUCCUCUCGAACGAGACCGCAGACUACAGAUCACCCUCCGUACAUCAGAAGGAAUUCGCUGCGACCGCCUGAAAGGCUUGAAUAUAUCCUCAGGAACAAUAGGAGUUUAUGGAAAAUUAAGGAUUCACAGUGCUUAUUCUAAAAAGCCGUGGACACAUCUUGGGGCUGAUGUUGCACCUGGAAAUGAAAUGAUUGUGCUCCAAGACCCUGUCGACUGGAAAGCCGAAGAUCAUAUCGUUAUCAGUUCGUCCUCCUAUGAACCCCGCCAAGCAGAAUUCCUUACAAUACGAGAAACGCAUGGCCAUGCCGUUAGGAUUUAUGGCAAUCUACUUCACAGACACACCGGUGCUGUUCAUAGUAUUGACGAUACCUGGAGUGUUCCACUGUCAGCGGAAGUCGGGCUGUUAACCCGUAAUGUACAGAUCAAGCCCGACGUACCAUGCUCUGGGAGAAUUCAAGUUGGAGAAUACAAAAAUGGCAAAGGACAGGAAUAUUCAGGCACGUUGGAGCUAACGAAUGUGGAAAUUUCUGAAUUUGGUUCCUCUUUGUUUGCGACGAUCCACUUUGAGAACACGUCGCUCCCGUCUUCUAUAAUCUCGUCGAGCGUUCACCACGGUUGCGGCGCUGGAGUCCAAGCGGUGGCCAGCGCGAAUAUUCUGCUGCGCCAAAACGUGAUCUUCGACCAUGUCGGAAACGGGAUCCACCUCGAUGGAGAAAAAUUCACCCUUACCGACAACCUUCUUGUUUUGAUGAAGCAACCCAACGGCGAAACGGAAUGGGUGGCCGGAAUUAAAAUGAAUUUGGUCGGCGAUUACGUUAUGUCGGGAAAUUCAGUAGCGGGAACGGAGCGUAUAGGCUUCCAUGUGAAAGGCCAAAGGUGCGAUCAAGAUGGGGGCGUUUCAGCUCUAAAUGUAGCACAUUCAAAUCUUCACGGUGUUCACUUUUACUGGGGGGAUGGUGUUCAGAAUUGUACAAAAAUAGUCGGCUUUCUCGCCUACAAGAAUUAUGACUACGGCCUCGUUUUCCAUCUUGAAAGCAGCGUGAUGAUCGAAAAUAUAGUCCUCCUAGACAAUUACGUCGGUAUAUUACCUGUUGUAUCAACGGGCUCCUCAAAGUACUCGAAGAAAUACAUAUCCAUCCGUAGCGCUGUAAUAGUCGCAACCAGUCCGGGGUUCGAUUGUAUCAUGGACAGAAUAAAACCUUUGUCUGCCAACGGAACCGCGAGAGACAGAGCGCCGCGGUCACCGCUGAGAGGUCGCGUCGGUAUCCUCUGGCCGGUGUUCACCUUGAAACCCCGACGUUGGCCAGAUUACCCCUGGCACAUGUUAGCAAGUGAAGGAGCAGUGUCGGGAUUAAUGAAACUGCAAGAUGUUACAUUUUCAGCUUUUACGAGGAGCUGUUACAGCGAUGAUAUAGAUGUCUGCAUAACGUCCAGCCCUCAGAAUAUUGAAAUAAUGUGUCCGAUUAUAGCAGAAAGAACCAAGAUGUUGCAUAUGAAAUAUGAGAACAUGUUCUACUUCCAUCAAGCAAAAAGAGCUCCUGAUUGCCCUUUAAGCAUGGAAUGUUAUGGCGCACAGAAGGUCCUGUUCAAGGAUAUAGACGGCAGUUCCAUGGGUCUCGUUCCGCCGGUCACUGUGUUUCCAGAAGCAGGCAGUCCUAUUUUACAGCCCUGUCUCAAGUUCGGUAUUUACAGGAAGGAGAAGACUUGCAGAUACAAACCCGAGCUACACGGACAUGUAUGUCACCAGAUUGACCAUGCUGUUGUUGUCCUGGAAAAUAUUGGCCACAAGCUCGAAAACGUGGCUCCCGUAAUAUCAAUAACCGAUAGAUUUAUUGAUGUCUUUGUCAAUGGCAACAUCUCCCAAGACCACUGCUGUUCCUCGAAUCCACAUUCAAUCUUUUACUCCAUAUUACCAGCAAAUAAAAUCACGAAAGUAUGUUUUAGUGGCCCAACUCCAAAAGCUAUGAGACUACAACUCAACGGAGUUCAGAACACGACCAAGCUUAUAUUAGCAUUAUUUUACGAUAGUCCCCAAAGCUUCUCCAUUUUCUCCAGGGGGAAAAUGACAUCAUCGUUGUUGACCGACGCAGAGCCUGAUUUUUUCCAUGAAAAGCAGGGUGCGAAUAUCUUUAAUUUCAGGAAAAAUCUCCUUUACGUCCUCCUCCAAGGGGAUGAACCGGUGGAAAUAUGGGCCAAUCCAUCCAUGUAUUUGGCUUUGUACAUAGCACGAGGGACUAGCAUUGGGAUCCAAUAUCUAGUCCCAUUGAAGGUAGCACAUGUUCUUGGUAUCGACCCCACUCAGAUUACAAUACUGAAGACUUUUCAAGGAGAUGUAGGGAAUUUACGGGCUAUGACGGACAAUCACGCCAAAAGAAAGUUACAAUGUCCUUCCUUACAUGCCACCAACAAAAACAAUGUGGAAGUCAGACGGGAUACUAGAAGGAACGUUCUUCACAUAGAUGGUCAUGAACAACCAAGCAACGUAGAAGUCAUUCUAGUGGAAAUAGGCAAUACAGACAUAUUAAGUACCAAACGAUUGCCAUUUUUGUCAUACGAUAAACUUCAUGAUUUAGCCAACAGCAUUAUUAGCAGCCUUCAGACUGGAGAACUAGAAAAAGUAUUACCAUUGCAGAUCAAUACUUUAAUGGUAAUUGACCCGUAUCCGUCCUCGGUUGGAGGCACCACUAGGAACUGGACUGGAUCAGAAAAUGAUGCCAUUGUAUAUGUGCGCCCAUACAGCGUCUAUAUUCAACAGCAGCCGAUGGAUGGGAUUGUUGGAAAACCCCUUUCCGCGCAGCCUAAAGUUACAUUUUUAGACAUUAAGGGAAAUCGGGUUCAGAAUUUAGGAUCCCCGUCAAAUCCUUGGUAUUUAUCAGCCUACCUUAAAGAUUCUUCAAAUACUGCUCUGAAAGGGAACACGACGGUGGUUAUUCAUCAUGGAUGGGGAAAUUUCACUAACCUGGCCAUCUCGAGCUCUGGGUCAAGCUGGUGCCUCGUAUUCAAUGUUACUUCUCCUCCAGGGGUGGUGUUUUCAGCACAAUCCCAAAAAUUUAAAGUUUUCCCAUCGCCUGCUAGUGAUAAAGAGAACAUUUUCAUGUUAGUAGUGCUGAGUUCUGCCGCCUCGGCCAUCGCGCUGCUUCUAUUCUGUUGUUGCUUCUUCAAAAGGAAAACACUUGAAAGACUGAAAAAUGGAAAAAUCAGCAAAUGAAUUAAGAAAGCAGACUUGGCAAAGCCGAUACUCAUUUGUAAUCUGCGUGCAUGUGAAUAUCUUAAUGCAUUAAAUGAUCAGAUUGAUGAUCAAUUUAUAAUAAACAAACUGAACUUUAAAUAUGAAUGUUUUAUGUAAAAUCAGCCCACUUUUAUCUGAACAGAAUUUUUCUCUAAAAAAAAAAAUAUUAAAUAAGAAAUCUAAAUGUAAGAAAUAAAA